UCUUCUCCCUCUCUCUCCCAAACGAGAAGUUACAGCAGAGUCGCUACAGAGACCGCGCAAGCUCGGCGGGAAAAGCACCGCGACUCCGCCGUGGAAAACCCCCUCCUCCGCCGCGAUGGCCGAGAAGAGCAAGGUCCUGGUGAUCGGCGUCACCGCGCUCAUCGGAAAGUUCAUCGUGGAGGCGAGCGCGAAGUCCGGCCACCCUACCUUCGCUGUCGUGGGGAAGUGCGCUCCGUCGAGCCUCGUCCAAGGCUUCACCGGCUUAGGCGUCCACGUAGUUCAAGGAGACAUAAGUAUAAACCAUCCAGAGACUCUAUUGAAUGCGGUUAGGCAGGUUGAUGUGGUAAUCUCUACUGUCGAGACACCACUAGAGGUCCUAUACAUGACUGUUGCUGCCAUCACAACAGUCGGGAAUAUAAAGAGAUUCUUGCCUUCAGUGUUUGGAAGUGAUGUGGAUCGUGCCCAUGCUGUGGAGCCAGCAAGAACUUUUUAUGCUGCUUUCUAUACCGACAUUCGCCGCCUUGUUGAGGAAGAGGGAAUCCCGUAUACCUUUGUGUCUUGUAACUUUCUUGCCGGUUGGCACCAUUCUACAUUGGCACAGCCCGGGGCCACAGCUCCCUCUAGAGAUAAAGUUGUCAUCUUAGGGGAUGGUAAUGCAAAAGUGGUGUUUAACAGGGAGGAUGACAUCGGCACCUAUACCAUCAAAGCCGUGGAUGAUCCAAGGACCUUGAACAAAAUUCUGUUCAUCAGACCUCCUGCCAACACCUCCUCGAUGAAUGAUCUCGUGUCUUUGUGGGAGAGAAAGAUCGGCAAGACCCUGGAGAGGGUUUAUAUUCCUGAGGAGCAAGUUCUGAAGAAAAUUCAAGGUGCGGAAUCUCCGAAGGAUCUGGAAUUGGCCAUGCUCCAUUCUAUUUUCGUGAAAGGAGACCAAACUAACUUCGAGAUUGAGCCGUGGUUCGGAGUGGAAGCUUCGGAGCUCUACCCCGAUGUCAAAUACACCACCGUGGCUGAGUACCUUGAUCAGUUUGUCUGAUUGCCGAAACUGACUGUGCUUCGUGAUUUGAUUUCUCACAUCAGCUUGCAAUCAUACAUAGUAUAGUAAUCUGCUUCUUAGGAUCCUAGUGGGAAACGUCGCUCCCACUGA